CUGGCAAGAGAGCUCUACACCAACUUAAUACUGAAUCCACUACUUUUCCAAGAUCAGAAAAUAUUACACUAACAGCUUUGACAUUGUAAACCACAGACAAUUUGGAGUCUGGCAUUGAAGGGAGGUGACCUACAACAAUUUUUUAUCUUGUAUAAAGAAGUUUAAUCUACAAGAGGUAAUCUGAAAAUGACAGGGGCAGAGAGGAAAAAGAAAAGCAUACUCUGGAGCAAGAUGUGUGUCCCCGAUUGUGAAGACUUUAAACAGUGGUGUAGACGGCGGCUGCCUAUUUUGGACUGGGCGACACAUUACAGCCUGAAAGAAAACUUGCUUCCGGAUACUGUUUCUGGGAUAAUGCUGGCCGUUCAACAGGUAACACAAGGGCUGGCCUUUGCUGUUCUGUCCUCUGUGCACCCAGUGUUUGGCUUGUAUGGGUCUCUGUUUCCCGCCAUCAUUUAUGCCAUAUUUGGAAUGGGGCGUCAUGUUGCCACAGGCACUUUCGCCUUGACAUCCUUAAUAUCAGCUAAUGCAGUGGAACGACUUGUCCCUCUGAGCAGUCAGAACCUCACCACACACAGUAACACAAGUGUACUGGGAUUAUCUGACUUUGAGAUGCAAAGGAUCAGUGUUGCUGCCGCUGUUUCCUUUCUGGGUGGUGUGAUUCAGGUGGCCAUGUUUGUGCUCCAGCUGGGCAGCGCCACCUUCCUGAUUACAGAGCCUGUGGUCAGUGCAAUGACAACCGGGGCGGCCACUCAUGUCGUGACUUCACAAGCCAAAUAUCUCUUGGGAAUGAAAAUGCCAUAUAUAUCUGGACCACUUGGAUUCUUUUAUAUCUAUGCAUAUAUCUUUAAAAACAUCAAGUCUGUGCGACUGGAAGCGCUGCUCUUAUCCUUGCUAAGCAUCGUGGUGCUUGUACUGGUUAAAGAGCUGAAUGAACAAUUUAAGAGGAAAAUUAAAAUCGUCCUUCCUGUUGACUUAGUUUUGAUUAUUGCUGCAUGUUUUACUUGUUAUUGUACCAAUAUGGAAAACACGUAUGGAUUAGAAGUAGUUGGCCAUAUUCCAAAAGGAAUUCCUCCACCUCAAGCUCCCCCAAUGAACAUCCUCUCUGCAGUCAUCACUGAAGCCUUUGGAGUGGCCCUUGUAGGCUAUGUGGCCUCAUUGGCUCUUGCACAAGGAUCUGCCAAAAAAUUCAGAUAUUCAGUUGAUGACAAUCAGGAACUCCUGGCCCAUGGCCUCAGCAAUGUGAUCGCUUCGUUCUUCUUCUGUAUACCAAGUGCGGCUGCCAUGGGAAGAACUGCUGGUCUCUAUAGCACAGGAGCAAAGACACAGGUGGCUUGUCUAAUAUCUUGCAUUUUUGUCCUGGUAGUCAUCUAUGCGAUAGGACCCCUGCUUUACUGGCUGCCCAUGUGUGUUCUUGCAAGUAUUAUUGUUGUGGGACUGAAGGGAAUGCUAAUACAGUUUCGAGAUUUAAAAAAAUACUGGAAUGUGGAUAAAAUUGACUGGGGCAUAUGGGUCAGUACAUACUUAUUCACGGUAUGUUUUGCUGCCAACGUUGGGCUGCUGUUUGGUGUUGUGUGUACCAUAGCUAUCGUGAUCGGUCGCUUCCCAAGAGCAACGACUCUGAGUACAAAAAAUAUGAAAGAAAUGGAAUUUAAAAUGAAGACAGAAAUGGAUGAUGAAACCCUACAGCAGGUGAAAAUUAUCUCAAUAAACAACCCGCUUGUUUUUCUGAAUGCAAAGAAGUUUCAUACUGAUAUAAUGAACAUAAUCCAAAAAGAAAAUACUGGAAACCAACCACUUGAUGAAAUCAGAAAGUAUGAACAAAGCACAUUGCUCACUUCUCUGAGUGGCAUUUGCAACGAAGAAGCUACCCAGCCCUGCCUGAAUCCAAAGUGUUCUUUAAUCCUGGAUUGCAGUGGAUUGACCUUUUCUGACUAUUCUGGAGUCUCCAUGCUUGUUGAGGUUUACAUGGACUGUAAGAACAAGAGUGUGGAUGUGUCUUUGGUCCAUUGCACAGCUUCCUUGAUAAAAGCAAUGAAAUACUGUGGAAACCUAGAUUCAGAGAAACCAAUUUUUUUUGAAUCAGUGUCUGCUGCAAUAAGUAACAUGCAUCUAAAUAAGAAUUUGAGCAUACUCAGUGACCCCAGUGAAGUCUGAGACUCUUUUGCUGCAGUACCGGUCUUUUCUUUAGCAACUUCCCUGAAAAGGUCAUAGUCAAGCGUUUUGCACAAACUUUUUCAUUGUGUGGAACCUACAAAUGACCUUUCCGACAUGUGUGUGACUUUGUAACUGCAUAGCCCCUGCUCAAGGUUUGCCAACAAUUUUAUCUAAUCUUUGUCAGUAAGUAAAUUCACUUUGUAGGUUAUUGUAUACUUAUUUUAUAAAAAUCAAUAUGCAUUUAGUUUUAGUGUACUGAAAGAUAAACAUGAAUUUUUUUCCUUUUUUUUAUACCACAAUAUUUUGUGUUAAUUUAGUUUUGUUAUAGGUUGAUUUGUAAAAGUGAGAAGUAUUUUGUCCUGUCGUAGGAGAUUUAGAACAUUUGCAAGUCGUUUGUAAAAAUACAGGAUCAUAUGUAUAAUACAAAGAAACAACUUAGCAAGUGUGCCAUAUUCCACCACCAAAAAAGCCAUUAAAUAUCAAUAAGCCAUGAAAUAUUCAUGUAAUGAAUAUGAUAUGAAAUUCAUAGAAAGUAAGUCAAACAAAACAAACAAAACAAAUUGUAACCAUUCUUCUUCAUAUCUUUCCAUGCCUGGAAGUCUUCAGGAAUGUUUUUACAUCACUAGUAUCCCAGUGAAAUUAAGUUUUUGACUUUGGUUUUGUUGUGACUAUUAAAAAUGUUUAGGAUCUUCAGGCCUUAGCCCUAGUUUGCACAUCCCCACCCCAUAAAAGUCUCUAUUUUCAGCUUAAGUUUUGUUGGAACUAGAAAAUGUGGAAGUUGCACAUUUUAUGUUUUUUUUUUUUACAAAUAUGAUUUAUAGAUGAGAAAGUAUCAAUAGCAGGAUUACUUUGUGCUCGUCCAGUGUAGGAUUAGCUAUAGUAGUUUUAGACUUUCCUAUUUCAGAGAGAUAGUCAAUAUAAUAUAAUACAUUUAUCUGUCUAAGAUAGAUAGAUCUCCAGAGAAUGCUUUAUUUUUUUCUUUUGUUAGAGAAGACUUAGAUAAAUGCUUAUCUGUAAACCCACUAAAUCAACAGAGUAAUUGACAAGUAAAACCACAGGCUAGGCUGACUUAUAUAAGUUACUGUUUUCAUGUUUCUACAUAUAUUUCAAAUCACAUAGUUUCAUAUGUUUAUCUAGCAACUUGAUUUACCUAUAAAAAUAUCACUUUGAAAAAUAGGUAUAGAUACAUGCUUUAAUCUUAAGGCAUUUUAGCUCUUCUAGAAAGUACCAGUUAACAAAAAGCCAAGUACUUUGAAGUGAGUUUGAGAAAGAGUUUGCAAACAAAAUGAAAAGGGUUUAAUUUUAGGUCAUCUAGGUGUUUUUCUGGACAUCUGUAAGAGAAAAUUCUAAUAUCUGCCAAGUGAUGUAAUGGUCCCUGGCAAAUGUAUAACAAACAUUCGUAUGGCCCUUGUUUUUACCAUUAAACUCUAAGCAGACAAUGUAAAAGAGGAAUAAUAAACAUAUUUCAAAAUUUUAUAACUUAUUUAGCUAUAUUAAUUUUGAUUGACAUGAAAUACAAAGAUAGUUUUUGUCCCAUAGGAAGCCUCAAUCCCUUCAUCACUAAUUUGGAAUGAAAUGAGUGAAGCCAAUUUUCCUUCCCAUCAAAUACUGUUCCAAGAAAAGGUGGAAGUAAUAGUUGAAAGUAAACUUUCCUUAAAAAGAGGAAUUUCACUCUGCUUUGCCUGGUUAAAUUAUUCCAGUUGUGGAUGGUGGCAACAGUCACCGUCUCUAAUCCAUUUGUCACAGGCACACAAAUUGAUGAUGUAUUUCUAUGCAAC